UUUUCUGUGGAUUAUUUCUUCUAUUUUAUUUCUGUUCUACAUUUUUCGUCUCUAAUAGACUUUUGGAUUUUUCUUGUAGAGAUCAACCCAAUGGGAAAGGUUCCCGCCAUUGUUGAUGGAAGAUUUAAGCUGUUCGAGAGUCAUGCUAUUCUUAUCUAUCUUUCUUGUGCGUUUCCUGGUGUGGCAGAUCACUGGUAUCCAGCUGAUCUUUCCAGGAGGGCUAAAAUUCAUUCAGUUCUGGAUUGGCAUCAUUCUAAUUUACGCCGUGGUUCAGCUCUUCUUGUAUUCAAUACUGUUCUAGCACCUUUGUUUGGACGUACUCCAGAUCCUCAAGUAGCUUCUGAAGCUGAGAUGCUUUUAUCCAAGUCGCUUUCGAAAAUCGAGUCGGUUUGGCUGAAGGGGAAUGGGAAGUUUUUGCUGGGUGGCUUUAAACCCUCCAUAGCUGAUCUUAGCUUGGUUUGUGAAAUUACGCAACUACAGCUUUUGGAUGAGAAGGAUCGGAAUCGUAUUCUGGGUCCGCACCUGAAAGUGAGGGAGUGGAUUGAGAAUACUAGAAAUGCUACGAACCCGCAAUUUGAUGAGGUUCAUAGGCCUCUCUACAAGCUCAAGACAGACCUUAUAAAGCAGGGCGUAGAGAAAUUUACUUCAAAGAUGUGAAGCUACUUAACUAUCACAUUGUGCUUUGGUUGGUUAACUUGUAGUUAAAUGAGGCUAUGGACUAUUUAGAAUUAGUUUCCAAACCUCAAGAGCUGAAGUAAACUUUGAGAACCAUAUAGAUAUCAAACAAAAAAAAUGUAUUCAAACCAAAACUAUGUAUAUAUAUAUAAGAGAAAUAUGUAUUUUUAGUCA